AUGGUUAACACCACUACCACGGCGGGUCUCAUCGGUGUUGUCCUUUUGGCUCGCCACGGCGAUAGGACGGCAUACUACCAAGACCCCAAUACAUACAACUCCACUCAAGCAUACAUCACCCCUCUUGGAGAGACACAAGAAUUCGAACUCGGCAGCUUCCUUCGUAACAUAUAUCUCAAUCCCGAUUCGUCAUCUUUCAUCCAGAAUAUCAGCACUGACGUAGUAAACGUCGAUCAGCUGGCAGUUCGCGCAGAUGCUGGUGGAGGAAAUGUUAUCCUUAACUCCGCGUAUGCUCUACUUCAGGGUCUCUACCCAUCUACAUCUAAGUCAGAGAUGACCUUGGCGAAUGGAACAACGGUCCUCUCCCCUCUUGGAGGAUAUCAGUAUGUUCCAGUGGAAUCUUUGGAGUUUUGGCAAAGUCCGGCUCUCACGAGCUGGAUGGAAUGCGAGUAUUUCCAAUACCAUCUAACCCGAAUCUACGCUUCAUCUGCAUUCAUAAAUAUGUCCACCACUGCCGCGCCCUUCCUGACUGCAUUGAAACCUUACUUGGGAGGUGUCAACAACAGCUUGACGAACAUGAUAUACGACCAUGUGAAUGUUCAGUACACCUAUAACAAGACCUAUUACGAAACCCUUCCUCCCACCUUCCUCGAGCAAGCUCGUUAUUAUGCUGAUUGGGUCCAACGCAAUGUCUUCACCGAUUCUGCGCAAAAUGGCGUGGGCCAAAUUCCCAUUCGCACACUCCUCCCAGAGAUCAUCUGGGCCUUGGGUAACAUGACCAAGGCUUCUAACAAAGUCAAGAUGUCUAUACAGGAGAUCGAUUACAAACCAUUCAUAAGUCUUUUCAAUGUCACGAACGCCACCUUGGCCGACCCCGAUAUUGCUGGUAUCGCUGACUAUGCUUCUGUCGUUGCCCUCGAGUUGUCGCAAAACUCGCAGGGUCAACAUGAGGUCAGCAUGAAGUUCAAGAACGGUACUGAAAGCAGCCAGUUCCGUCAGCUUACAAUGUUUGGCAACACGAGCAUCACACUGGACAGUUUUAUUCACCAACUUGAUACGAUUACCAUCAACUCUACCAAUAACUGGUGCUUCUCCUGCAAUCAAACUGUCCUUCGUGGAUGCUCUGUCUUUAACUACAGUAACGACCCCUUCUUGAACCCUACGGCUACAACCAACACAUAGAUGUCAUAAAAUCACGGAUGCCUUUUAGUUUACUGAGAUGUAAAAUAAUAUAAUUAUGUUUGUGUUUUAAAGACCACAAAUAAACAAUCAUUCUCCUGGAA